AUGUGUGACUUGGAGCUUUGGCUCCUCCCACUUGGUUUGUGAACUCCCUGCCAGACUUCCUGAAGUGAAACACAUCCCAGCUGAGCGUGUGAGCUCAUUCUGUCCUGUGACAGAGCAGCGCAGAGGGAAGACACAGACCGAAGGGACCCGGGAUUCCUGUUGUACUUAAUGCGCUGCACCAUUCUGCUUUGGGAGUUGUUUUACACCCUUUUUAUGACUUCUCUUAUGUAAAUACACAGUAAAUAUCUCUCAGGUAUUUAUUACCCCAGGUGUGAGACAGAGAUCAGUUUGACUGCUUCUCUAACAGCAGUCCCUUGUGACUAUAUAUGGUUACAGGUAAAGUGGGAGUUAAAAUCGUAUUACAGACCGGGCUCUGUGUCUCAUGUGUUUUCAUUCCGAUUUAGUUUUAUAUACCCUAUAACCAGGACUACUGGCCACAGCUAGCCAAAUCUGCUUAUGGGAAGGAAGCUGCCAGAGCAAGGUACUGACCUACUGUAGGACGGCUAACCAUGAUCACCGGGACGAUCACUAGCCUGCAUGUUACUGAUGUCCGCUUCCCAACCUCCCUGGAUCAGCAUGGCUCCGAUGCUAUGCACACAGAUCCCGAUUACUCUGCUGCCUACAUUGUGAUAGAAACUGAUGCUGCUGAUGGUUUAAAAGGACAUGGAUUAACUUUCACUUUAGGAAAAGGCACAGAAAUUGUGGUGUGUGCUGUGAGAGCCCUUUCCAGGCACGUUAUUGGAAAAGCACUUGGAGACAUUGUUAACAAUUUCAGGGACUUUUACCGCCAACUUACAAGUGAUGGGCAACUUAGAUGGAUUGGGCCCGAAAAAGGAGCUGUUCAGCUGGCUACUGCUGCUGUCUUGAAUGCUGUGUGGGAUUUAUGGGCUAAGAAAGAAAAGAAGCCUUUGUGGAAGCUGUUAGUCGACAUGGACCCACAUCAGUUGGUAUCUUGCAUUGACUUCAGGUACAUCACAGAUGCACUGACUGAGGAAGAAGCACUUGAAAUUCUUCAAAAUGGAAAACAAGGACAAAGAGAUAGAGAAGAACAUAUGUUGAGAAGUGGAUACCCUGCCUAUACUACAUCAUGUGCCUGGUUAGGUUAUUCAGAUGAACAGUUAAAAAAGCUGUGCUCGGAUGCACUUAAAGAAGGCUGGACAAGGUUCAAGGUAAAAGUUGGUGCAGAUCUGAAAGAUGACAUUCGGAGAUGUGAGCUUAUUAGAGGCAUGAUUGGACCUGACAACAUAAUGAUGCUUGAUGCAAACCAGAGGUGGGAUGUGCAAGAAGCUAUCUCUUGGGUGAAAGACCUAGCUAAAUAUAAACCAUUAUGGAUUGAGGAGCCAACAUCACCAGAUGACAUCCUUGGACAUGCAACUAUUUCAAAGGCAUUAUCUCCACUGAACAUUGGUGUUGCCACAGGAGAGCAGUGCCACAACAGAGUAAUGUUUAAGCAGUUUCUCCAAGCGAACGCGCUACAGUAUCUUCAGAUUGACAGCUGCAGACUGGGGAGCGUGAAUGAAAAUUUGUCUGUUCUGCUGAUGUCAAAGAAAUUCAACGUUCCCGUUUGCCCACACGCCGGGGGUGUUGGUCUCUGUGAACUGGUGCAACAUCUCAUAUUGUUUGAUUAUAUUUCUGUGUCAGGAAGCCUGGAUAACAGGAUGUGCGAGUAUGUAGAUCACUUACACGAACACUUUAUGUAUCCUGUGAUAAUCAGCAGAGCUGCCUACAUGCCCCCAAAGGAUCCUGGAUACUCAACAGAAAUGAAAGACGAAUCUGUGCUGCAGUACCAGUUCCCAGAUGGAGAAAUCUGGCAGAAACUCAUUUUAGAGAAGAAGGUGGAGGCUUGAAAGUAAUGUUUUCAUUUCAUUCAAGUUCAAUAGCAUUUCUCCAAAAUGCAUAAUCUAAUGCAUUUCCUUUAAAAAAAACAUCCUAAUCCAAAUGCAGAGAUAUCUUGCUCUACUAACCAUAUUAUGCUCUUUAUGAAGUCACACUGUUAUAUGAAUUUAUCGGAAUCUGCUUUGUAAAUCUUUGAAAGUUUAAAUAAUUAAAAAAAAAAAUUGAUUCACUGGUUA